UUCUUUUGUCAGUGUAAUGAGAGAAUGUUUAUGAUGAAAAGACAUUGUUGCGAUUGUAAGAAUGAUGAUUAGUUAUGCGUUAAAAAAAUUUUCUUUCAUAGACAUCUAAUUUGACAUUGGUCAUAACAUUCUUCUAAGAGUAGAAGGAGAAUUAAUUUACAUGUGGUUUAAUAUUUUUCCAAGAGUCUUUUAAUCUUUUUAUUUUUGGUUCAAUUUUUGUAAGAGUCAAACCGGAAAAAGAAUGUGAAAACAAAUACAGCAAAACUCACCAAAAUCAGCCAGGUCUCCUUUGCGUGCACUUCUUGUUCUUUGUGUUAAGCUUAUUUCACAAUCAAACGCAACAAAAAAUGUGGAAAUAAACAGAAAACGACAAUCAACUCUUCUGUUGCUUUGUGCUACAUAAUUCCUAAUUAUUCUUGGCUACAGAAGAAAAAACGCUCAACGUUCUUAAGCAACUGCCCAAAAAUAAAAAUCAUUUCUUUUCUCUCUCUAGAUUCUCGUCGAAUAUCUGACCCUUUUCCGACCUCUCACACGAAUAAAAAAUUUGUUAGUUUUAAGAAUUUGUUCCGAAAAUCUUGGAGCUCUGUCCAAUGAUCUCCAGCUCUGCUCACUGAAAGGAAAUUAAACAAUAGGAUAUGGAAAUUAUUGUUUGCAAUGCUACAUAUAGCCAUUAUGUUGUAAAAUUCAGUGGAAAUAUUCUUGGGAGCUGCCAAAAUCCUGUCCGCAGAAAAAUUCCCAAUUUCAGGGUAAGAAAGUUGAUACCUUUGGUUUGUCAAUCAGAGCUCAAGCAUAUCCAAUGUUCCAAUUUAAAUCGAUUUGGGUUGAGGAGGCUUGAGAAAAUUCACAAGUCUAGAACACUUGAAGCUCCUAAAGGAUAUGAACAUGGUGGUGAUCCUAUUGUUCUGAGUGAAAGUGUUAACCCUUAUGUACUUGGUGGCAAGGAAGGUAUAACUGACCAGUCAACUCCUAAGGUCUUGAUUCCAAGUUUGCCAGAUGAAACCAAGGGAGAAUCUGUUGCCGAAAUUACACGUUGUUCCUGGGAGUGGAAACCAAAACUGAAUGUUUACUAUGAAAAAGCAGGAUGUGACAAUGUUGGUUCUCCACCUGUUCUAUUUCUACCUGGUUUUGGAGUCGGCUCCUUUCACUAUGAGAAACAGUUAAAGGAUCUUGGACGUGAUUAUAGAGCAUUUGCCCUGGAUUUUCUUGGUCAAGGCUUGUCACUUCCGCGCGAAGAUCCAACUUGGCAGACAAACAAUGGUAAUGAGCCGAAUUCAAACAUAGAGAAUUCUUUCUGGGGUUUUGGAGAUGAGACUGAACCUUGGGCAAAAGAGCUUGUUUAUUCUGCCGACUUGUGGAAGGACCAAGUCUGUUAUUUUGUAAAGGAGGUCAUCAGGGAACCUGUUUAUCUCGUUGGAAACUCACUUGGAGGCUAUAUUGCUGUCUACUUUGCCGCAUGCCACCCUGAAUUGGUGAAGGGUGUAACUUUGCUCAAUGCGACCCCUUUCUGGGGAUUUCUUCCUAAUCCUGUAACAUCUCCAAGAUUGUCAAAAAUGCUUCCUUGGGCCGGGACAUUCCCCAUUCCUUCCAGGGUUAAAAAUAUUACAGAAAUUGUAUGGCAGAAAAUCAGUGAUCCUGAGAGUAUUGCUGAGAUACUUAAGCAGGUGUAUGCGGACCACUCAACGAAAGUUGACAAGGUCUUCUCCAGUAUAGUCGAUGUUACAAAGCACCCAGCUGCUGCUGCAUCAUUUGCCUCAAUUAUGUUUGCUCCCCGGGGACAAUUAACUUUCGAGGAGGCUUUAUCUAGGUGUAAAAUGAGUGACAUACCCAUCUGUCUCAUGUACGGGAAAGAAGACCCUUGGGUAAAGCCUAUCUGGGGUUUACAAGUGAAGCGCCAACUGCCCGAAGCUCCGUAUUAUGAGAUCAGCCCUGCUGGUCACUGCCCUCAUGAUGAAAUUCCAGAGGUAUGAAGUGAAGUUUAGUUUUAUACUGGACUUGUGGUUGUGGGCGUUACAGUUGAAUACAGACUACAUAAUCUACUUCGAAUCUUGUGGUACAGGUUGUGAAUUUUUUGUUACGGGGGUGGAUCAGAAAUGUGGAGUCUCAAGGCUCAGUUGCACUGCCAUUGCUUGAUAGCCCGGAAAAUUUUCUCCUUGAUUUUGUGAUAGACACAGAAUUUGUUAGAGAAGGUUCAAAAAGAUUAGCCACUGUUAAUUUCUAUGGAUCCAAAGCUUCUUUUUGGGAAAGGAUAGUCUCUUUAGUCAAGUCACAGUUUCGAAGUGUCGUAAAAGGAAGGUCAAGGAAGGAGCGCACGUCUUUUACUUGAUCGUUUUACAUUUUCCUUAGAUAGUAGAUGUAUAUUUCUUUUUUAUUUCCUAUUUUGUUUUUCUGGUAUAGUUUUCCGUGUAGUUUGUGAAGGGAAAAAGCUAGAGGAGUUUAUUAGAGCAGUUGGCCAAUGUACCGACACUACAUUGUUUCGGGCUUCUUUGGAUUUGUUCCAAUGUACAGAAAACAUCAUCUUAUAAUAGUUGAUUCCUGAUUGUAUUGCACUAGAUGAUUAUGAUUAGUGCAAUGUCACUGUAUAGUAGUAUAUACUCAUGGCCGUUUCGACCAUCCAGUAAGGUUUAUAUAUUUUUCAUAGUGACUUGUUUUCUGCUCAUCUGGUGUCUGCUAUAAUGUAUUGUAAGCAUGUAUUACAAGAAGACAAACUCGCUAUACUAGUGAUGACCAU